GAUUCUGAAUCCAUGAUACAUUUACUCAUGAUGAAGAUGAUCCCUGACGAAAAAUUACACGACGAAGAGCUCUAUAAUCCUCUUAUUCGCUGGUCUAAAAAUCUAGACGUAAAGCUGUAUAAGAAAUUCAAAAAGAAGGAUCUUACAGAUCCUCAAGUAUUGCAGGAUUGGUUAUGCAAGUUGUGCCAAAUUCUACUCAAACCACAAAAUCUUCUUUUCCUGGCGUGCCCAAAUGAUCCUACAAAAUUAUAUCCUAAUCCUGAAUUGGAGCCACAGCCAAUACACUGGGAUUGUUUUGAAAAUUGUGGUAAGGCGAUUGCAUUGGCAUUGAUGCAUGAAGUACACGUAGGUGUUGCUCUUCAUCGUGUCUUUCUUUUGCAACUGGCUGGAAAGGAUAUUUCUGUAGAAGACGUAAGGGAUGCAGAUCCAUCUUUUUACAAUAACAAGGCCAAUAAGGAACCUUUUCCUGAUGAUGAUCAAAUUCAGAAUGAAUUUAUCAAGUCAAUAUCAGAACAGAUACGCUUUUUCAAAAAUGGCUUUGAUAGUGUUUUUGGAAAAUCAAUCUUCCAACAGCUAUCUGAUAAUGGAAUAGAGCCUGAAGAUCUUAACCUAGUUCUAAAAGGAAGCACAGAACUUGAAUUUAAUUCUGAUGAGAAUCUUGACGACAAGCAAAAUGAUCCUUUGAUGCCCCAAGAUAAUGAAAGUGAUCCCCUGACGUACAGGUACUUUAAGGUCAAUUUACAAAAUCUUAAUAUUCCGAAGUGGCAAAAGGGUAAGCGUCUCGGAGAGGGAAAAUUUGGAAAAGUGUUUGAAGGAUAUGCACCUGGUGGUUUCUUUUUUGCCAUAAAGGAAAUAAAGAUUGAACCUGAGGUAAACAUUGAGCAAAUUUAUGAUGAAAUUCGCUUAUUAUGUCAGUUAAGACAUCCAAAUAUAGUCAAAUACUAUGGCAUGGAGAAGCGUGAACGGAAUCUCUAUAUUUUUCUGGAGCUUGUAACUACAGGUUCCCUCCAACGUGUGCAUGAAAAUUUUAAAUUAGAAGAUUCCCAGGUUUCACACUACACCAAGCAGAUACUGCGAGGUCUAAAGUAUCUCCAUGAGCGAAAUGUUGCUCAUAGAGACAUCAAAUGUGCAAAUAUAUUAGUGAAUGAAAAAGGUCGCAUAAAAAUUGCAGAUUUUGGAUUGGCAAAAGUGAUGGAAUUAAACACUCUUAUGAAGUCUUCUUACUGUGGGACACGAGGUUGGAUGGCUCCUGAGGUUGCUAAAUCGGGCAAUCAAUAUGGAUUUAAAGCUGAUAUUUGGAGCCUUGGUUGCACAGUCUUGGAGAUGUUAACAAGGAAACCUCCACACGUGAUGGAAAGUGGGAAAUUUCUAGAUCCCCCUGAUCUUCCAUCAGAGCAUUCACGAGAUUUUAUCAAGAAGUGCUUGCAAGUUAAUCCAGAUGAUCGUCCAUCUGCUGCUGAGCUUUUGCAACAUCCUUUUGUGAAAGGUUUUGGCUUAUAAUAUUUCUUCAGCUUGAACUAUGUGAUAGAUGUGUGUUUAUGAGCAUUCAAUAUUAAGAACCUAAAUAUUUAUGGAAUUUUGUAAUUUUGUUUAGUAAUUUUUGGAUUAGUGAAGUAUUUGGGUUGAUAUAUUUUAAUGGAUAUAGCGUUUUUAGUUUGUGUUGUG